CACGGCCAAUGUGCGCGUGCGUUUUCCCGUUCGCGCUCACUUUGUGUGUGAAAUAACCCUAGCAUCGGCUUGGAAACUCCUCCGAUCGUGCAGUUAUGGCCACAGAUUCGGGGCCAGAGGCGAAGGUGGCCAAGCUCGAUAGCUCAGAGGGUGGUGAUUACGAUAACGACACUCAGCGGUCCUUGGAAGACAUCGACGCUUGUCAAAAUGAGAUAGAUGCCCUCAACGAGAAGGCCAGCGAGGAAAUUCUGCAGGUGGAACAGAAGUACAACAAGCUCAGGAAACCGCAUUUUGAGACCCGCAAUGCCCUGAUACAGAAGAUACCGAAUUUUUGGGUCACUGCAUUUGUGAACCACCCCCAAGUAUCAGCCAUCCUACAGGAAGAAGAGGAAGACUGCUUACGGUAUCUUACAAAGGUUGAAGUAGAAGAAUUUGAAGAUAUAAAAUCAGGGUACAAAAUCAACUUGUAUUUUCAAGAGAACCCAUACUUUGAAAACAGUUUGAUAACAAAAGAAUUCCACUUAGCUACAUCAGGUGACCCAGCCUCAAAGUCCACAGAUAUCAAAUGGAAACCCGACAUGAACCUCGUCCAUCGCCACGCCACCCGGGAGGCCAUGGGGAUGAACAACAGGAAGAGGAAGUUUGGGCCACGACGGAGCUUCUUCACCUGGUUGAUUGACAACACAGACCCUUCUGCUGAUGAUAUAGCAGAGGUGAUAAAGGAUGACAUGUGGCCCAACCCCCUGCAGUAUUUCCUAGCACCUGACAUUGAGGUGGAAGAAAACGGGUUAGACAGUGAAGAGGAAGAAGAUGAGGAUGAAGAGGACCUUGACGAGGCAGUGGUAGAGGUGGGAGAGGAUGAAGAAGCUGAGGAAUACGAUGAGGAAGAUGAAGAGGAGGAAGAAGUGUAUGGGGAUGAAGAGGGAGAUGAAGUUGAAGGUGAAGAAGUUGAGGAAGAAGAAGUGGAAGAUGAUGAGGAUGUUGAGGGAUUGGAGGGAGAAGGGGAUGAUGAUUGACAGACAGAGAAGAAGAAAUCUAACUUUAAGAUAAUGACAAUAACUUCAUACCUGUUAUGAACAGGAAGAUCUCCUUCAUCUCAGACCAAUCACAUUACUGUCAUAUGACCAUCACAUGACUUAUAUAUCCAUCAUAUGAUUGGUGUUUACAGUGCCAUUGCUGUCAACACCAAAGUUUUUUCCUGCCUGUUUGUAUAGUCUUUUUCAGGCAAUAAGUGGUAAAUGGAGAUCCUUAUGUACAUGUUUAUUUGUGUACAGUUAUUAUUUGUUAGUUAUAUUAUAGAAAUGUCUGUGGCUGUAAUUUGUAGCACAUUUAAGAAGUGAGGGAGUAGCAUUUUUCUUGUACUCUCUCUCCCUGAUUAGGACCUAGAUGUAAGAUAAACUAUUUUUGUACAGCUAUAGUUAGCGAAGAAGCAGUUAUGUUCUGAACAUGAUAAACAUUUUUGUGUGUGUAAAUAGAACAAAGCCUUGGACUUGGAUAUACAUUGUUUGGUACACCUUACAAUCACAGCACACGGGUAGGGACCUUCUCACCUCCAGGGGGAUAUUUUGUCAAGAUAAGCCAGUCUCAUACUGAUUUUAUACUGCUACAUUGUUGCCAAUAUGACACUGUUAUUAUUAUUAUUUUUAGCAAAACAACUGUGUUUUAAACUAAAUUUCACAAAAUGACUUAUUUUCAGCUAAAUGUUAUAGCUUAAAAAUACCUGUUUGAAGUCACAAGAUUAAAUUGAAACCAUGGUUUAGAUUGGAAAAGGGCAUUUACUUCUUUGUAUGAUUUUUGUUAUCUAUGUAUAUUUAGAAUAUGGAAUCUUUUGUUUAUUACAAGAUGAGGUAUAAGUUUGAGUUAGUUACUUUUUCUAUAGAAUUUUUCUGUAAUAUUGUAAUUUUAUGUCAUGGAUUUAAGAUUACAGACUUGGGUAGUAAAUAUUGUUAAAAUCUCCCAUCUGGACAUUUUGUGCAGACAGCUUUGAUAAUGGUAAAUGUGUUGGUAAAAUGUACAACCUUUGCAGUACAGACAUAAAUCUUAAGAAUGGAUUUGCACUAAAAUGUCUUGGUAGUCGCACAAAGCAGGUCAGUGUCUGUUUCUGAAAGAAUUCAUAAUCCCAAGCAUGACUGCAGAAUUAUUCUCCGAAAAAGGUUCUCUUAGUUUGAUAAUACCAUCUGAUGUUAUACAGAUACAUUUCACUGCUGUAAAUAUAGCUUUAAUAAAAAGGUCACUUUUUAUAAUUUUUUGGUGU